AUGCAAAGGUCCGGCCCGGGGCUUAUCAUCGUCCAAUCCCGACAGGCGUCAAAGCCCACCAAUGAGGAGGACUGGACGCGAUCCGACGCGUACCACAAUUCCUUCCUCCACGAGCCCGAUGCUGUCCUUGACUGGAUCGUGAAGAAUAGCAAGGAGAAAGGCUUACCCGACAUUGCCGUGAGCGCCGCGCAGGGGAAGCUGUUGAAUCUGCUCGCGAGGAGUAUCAAUGCGAAGCGUGUGCUCGAGGUCGGCACGCUUGGCGGGUACUCCACUGUUUGGCUCGCCCGUGCGCUCCCGCCCGAUGGCAAGAUCAUCACCCUCGAAAUCAACGCGCACCAUGCCGCGGUCGCCACUGAGAACCUCGCGCAUGCGGAUGUUGCGGACAAGGUCGAGCUGAUCCUCGGGCCGGCGCUCGAUUCGCUCCUGCAUCUCUCGUCGGAGCCCGUACCGUUCGACUUCGUCUUCAUCGAUGCCGACAAGCAGGGCAACCUAGACUACUUCAAGCAGGCGAAGCGGCUCGUGAGAACCGGUGGAGUCAUCAUUGUGGACAAUGUUGUCCGCUAUGGACGCGUCGCGGACCCGGAAUACAGCGACGCAAACGUGGAGGGCGUUCGCACCCUGCUUGCCGGCCUCAAGGGUGAUGACGAGGUUGACGCGACGACCACCGGGACGGUUGGCGACAAGGGAUACGACGGGUUCUUGUAUGCUAUCAGGAAAUGA